AUGAAAACCAUAAUUCUCUUUGGGCUACUGGGAGCCACGCUAUCAGCCCCGAUUAUCCCACAGCGCCUUUUGUCUGCAAGCCACAGCAAUGAGUUACUGCUGAGUCUUAAUAAUGCUCAACUUCAGCCACUACAACUUCAGAGCCCAUUUAAUUCAUGGAUUCCUCCUUUCUCUGGGAUUCUACAACAGCAGCAAGCUCAAAUUCCAGGACUCUCCCCAUUCUCCUUAGCAACUCUAGACCAGGUUGCUAGACUGUUCCCAAAUCAGAUAACUUUCCCAGGACAGGUCAGCUUUGCCCAGGGAAACCAGGUGGGACAACUGGACCCCUCACAGCCUCAAGCACCAGUGCAGACCCACCAGGGCCCUAAUAAUGCGAUGCCCUAUGUGUUCUCCUUUAAAAUGCCUGAAGAGCAAGCCCAGAUGCUUCAAUACUAUCCGGUUUACAUGCUCCUUCCCUGGGAACAAUCUCAGCAAACGGUCCCAGAGUUACCUCCACAAACAGGACAGCAGCAAUUUGAGGAGCAGAUGCCAUUCUAUACACAAUUUGGAUAUAUCCCACAACAAGUUGAACCUGUUAGACCAGGAGGACAGAAGCAACUAGCCUUUGAUGCCAUCAUAGGCACGGGUCCUGAAACUGCUGCAAUGCCAGCAGAAGGAGUGAUGCCAUAUUUACAAAACAAAAUGAUAAACUUUAAGCAUGCCAGUAGAGGAAUUGUCGUUCCUCCAACUUCACAAAAACCCAGCACAACAAAUGCUUUUGCUUCUGCUAUAGACCCAACUAUUACCCCAGAGCCCAUGGAAGAGAAGGUAGAGUAA